AUGAUUACUGUAAUUAUUGCCAUAAUAACAGUAUUGUCAUUAUAUGUAUUUGGCACAAGGACGUAUAAAUACUGGGAGCAGAGGGGAAUCAAAUAUGACAAACCUAUACCGUUCCUGGGCAACAAUGCAAGAAAUUUCCUGAUGCAGGCGAGCCAAACGGAAAUUGUAGUUGAAAUGUACUGGAAGUAUCCGAAAGAGAAGGUCGUCGGGUUCUACCGAGCGUUUCGGCCGGAGCUUGUGGUGAGGGAUCCCGAGAUUGUGAAACGAGUUUUGACAACCGAUUUCAUACACUUUUAUCCACGCGGUAUAAACUCACACAAGAAAGUAAUUGAACCGAUGCUGCGUAAUUUGUUCUUCGCGGACGGUGACGUCUGA